AUAAAAAUAGUCUAAAAUCUUUUUGAUGAUUUAAAAAUAAAAAUAUUUCAAAAAUACUAAAACAACACUUCCAAGACGUUUCGUACAUGAUAGGUAUUGUAAAAACAAUUGUAAUGUUUUGUUUUACUUAAUUUUUGUUUUUAUUUUUCCCGCGCCGCUAAUCAUCAUAUAAAUUACACAAUCAUCAUAUAAGAACAAGGCGUGAAUGUCGCGUUAGAAUGUAUUCUCCCUUUCGUUACCAAUCGCUGGCCCUUCGAUUCUCCCACAAACCUCUCUCUCUCUCUCUCUCUCUCUCUGCGAUGGCUUCCAACUUUGAGAUCUGAAUAGUUCUUCAAUGUCUGGAAUCGGAAUCUCGUCAGAAUUCACGAAAGCUUCCGACAUCCACAUCAAUCCCAUCAUGAAAUCUCGGAAAUCCAUUUGUUCCGUUCCUUAACAAGGCAAGCUGCUCCCAUUUCGAAACUCUAAUCAUCGUAAUUCAAGAGAUUUUUCAAUUUCAUCACUCAUUGGCACAUCGAAUUAGAUUCGGAAAUCGGAGUUCAGUUGGCAGAAAGUUUCAAGGUUUGGGAGUGAUUUCCCUCGAUCAAUGUCGGAGCCAGCGAAGCCGGCUCUGAAAAGGCCGCCGGGCUACAGACCGCCCGGUUCGCAGGGCUACACUCCCGCUCCCAGAAAACCGGCCCUCCCGCCGUCGCUCCGCCCCAGGAAGAGAGGCCGCUCCCGCUGUUGCUGCUGCUGCUGCCUCACCGUCCUCCUCCUCACCGUCCUCAUCCUCCUGAUUGCUCUCCUCGCCUGCUUAUUCUUCCUCUGGUACGACCCCAGGCCGCCGGUUUUCCACCUCCAGAAACUAAAAUUCUCCCGGUUCGAUGUCAGCACCGGUCCGGACGGACCGGCCCUGAACUCGCAGGCCGUGGUCAUGGUCCAGGUGAGAAACCCCAACGCCUAUCUGAACAUCAUCUACGACAAAACCGAGGUCUCCUUGAAGACGGAGAUCGCGGAUUUGGGAGCGGGGAGCUUACCGGCUUUCACGCAGAAGAGGAAGAACACGACGGCAUUGAAGUUCACGGUGGUGGAAAAGAACGAAUUGAUUGGGAAUUCGGUGUCGAAGAAGCUCAAGGAUGGGGUUCGGAGAAAGAGCUUGGUGAUGGAGACGGAGGUUCGGACCGGGAUUGGGAUGGCGGCGAACGGGUGGAGCUCCAUGACGGUGCCUGUCAAGGCCUUGUGUGGGGGCCUGAGUCUGAAGCAAGUUGAAGGCGGUGCUGUGCCCAAAUGCUCAAUCUACAUUUUCAAAUGGCUCAAGAUUAAUUAGUUCAUAAUGGGUGCAAUGCAACUAAACCAUACAAUGAUACAACAUUAAUGCAACAACUCCUGUACAUCCUUUUCCACUCCUCUCGGGUGGCUUAAACGCACAGUUGAUGGAGAAAGGUUGGUGCCAUCUCUUCAUCAAGUCCUGACCUUACAGUGGUACCAUAUAUGCUCCUGUCUAAGUUAAUAUCUAUUCAUGUUCUUGCCUUGCAUUUUUUUUCAUCAUGGAGAUCAUAUAAAAAAGAAUAUGGGUCAGAAAGAAAAAAGAGAGAAUUGAAGAGGGUAUCAUUUACAACAAUCUAAUCCAUUGCAUACUGUACAAACUAGUCAAGAACGUAUUUGUUGUUUACGGAUUGUGUAUCGAUUGUUUUUGGAUGAAA